UUUCCAUCAAAAACAGGAAAUUCACUACUCUUCACACUAACAAACAACAAAAGCAUAGUUUGAAAAAGAAUGAGGUUCGUCGCAAUUGCCGCUCUUCUACUCGCCACUUCUUCGCAGCUCGUUUCCGGCUACACCAUCAAGGGUGACACGGUCAACUGCCGGUCGGGUCCGGGAACCUCCAGCAAUGUCGUGCGCACAUACAAGAAGGGAGCUCAAGUGACGCUCUCGUGCCAGACGCCAGGCACAAAGGUCAACGGCAACGAGCUCUGGGACAAGACGCAGCACGGCUGCUACGUGAGCGACUACUACGUCGACACAGGCAACGGCUAUGUGGCCAAGAAGUGCCCCAAGGGAACCGGUGGCAAGCCUGGUGGUUCCUCGGGCGGCCCGGCUCCAGAUCCCAUUGGUCUGCCCACCGUCGGCUGCGGCCACCUGUGCCAGUCCAAGGGCUGCAAAGAAGUCAAAUACAAGUUCCCGCUGAGCAAGUCCACCGCCGAAGCCCUGCUCAAGGACGACCUUCCUAAAUACACGUGCCUGGGCAAGUACCUGAACGGCAAGGUCAAGCUCAACCAGAACCAGUGGGGUGCGCUGGUGUCGUGGGUGUUCAACAUGGGCUGUGGCGCAGCCCAGUCUUCGUCGCUGGUCAAGCGCCUGAAUGCCGGUGAGAACCCAGGCAAGGUCAUUGCUGCUGAGCUGCCCUAGUGGAAGCAUGCUAGUGGCCGUGCUCUGCCUGGUCUUGAGCGUCGCCGUAAGGCUGAGGUCAAGCUUGCCCAGGCGCCUUCGAACAAGCAGGCUUUCCCCAAAUGCGAUUAAGCAAAAAAAUCGUAUGUAAAAUAUGCUUG